GCUGCGCGCGCUGCGCCCCGCGCUGGGGGCUCAGGAUGCGGCCGGGGGGCUCGCUGCCCGCGCUGCUCGCCUGCUUCGGGCUGCUGCUGCUGCUGCGGCUGUUUUGGGGCUCCGCCGACGCGCCCGCCCGUGCCAGGAUGUCUGUGGAGCAGAGCCGGGAGGCCCCCCUCGGCAUCCACGCCACGCAGAGGACCGCCAGGAGCCCCGCGACCCCGCUGCCACACCCCACGAACAGCUCCUAUCUGAAUGAAAAGUCGCUCCAGCUGAUGGAAAAAUGCAAAAAUCUACAGCAUGACUUCAGGAGUUUCUCCAACAAGACAAAAACGUAUUCCGAGAAGGACUAUCUCCAGAUCAUUUCAAACAUACAGAGCUGUCCAUGGAAAUGGCAAGAAGAAGAAUAUGAAAAUUUUAGAGAAAAACUUGCUUCCUGUUGUGAUGCUGUUCAAAACUUCAUUGUCUCUCAGAGUAAUACUCCAGUUGGCACCAAUAUGAGUUUUGAGGUGGAAAGUAAAUUUGAAUUCCUUAUUAAACGGAGUAUUUUUGACAUGUUUCCAAAGUCACAGCCUUUCAUUGAUUCCCCUUACAAACAGUGUGCGGUGGUUGGAAAUGCAGGCAUUCUUAAUCAGUCUCUCUGUGGAGCUGAAAUUGAUAAGUCUGACUUCGUGUUUCGGUGUAAUCUCCCUCCCAUCACAGGGAAUGUUAGUAAAGAUGUUGGCAGUAAAACUAAUCUGGUGACCAUCAAUCCCAGUAUCAUAAAGCUAAAAUAUGGGAACUUAAAGGAAAAGAGAGAAUUAUUUCUGAAGGACAUUGCCAGCUAUGGAGAUGCAUUUCUUCUUCUGCCAGCCUUCUCCUUCAGGGCUAACACCGGCUCUUCUUUUAGAGUGUAUGAAACUGUGAAAUCGUUCAAGGCCAAAUCAAAGGUGGUUUUCUUCCAUCCCAAAUACCUGAAAAAUCUUGCCCUUUUCUGGAGAACUAAAGGUCUGAUGGAAUAUCGCCUGUCUACUGGUUUAAUGAUCACCAGUGUGGCCUUAGAACUGUGUGAGAAUGUAAAACUAUAUGGAUUUUGGCCUUUCUCUAAGACUUUAGAAGACAAUGUUGUUAGCCAUCACUACUAUGACAACAAACUACCUAAACGAGGCGUCCACGAGAUGCCCAAAGAAUAUAACCAGAUUCUCCAGCUUCACCUGAAAGGAAUCCUCAAGUUACAACUUAACAAAUGUGAAGUUGCCUAAGCAAAGUGUUUUAGAUGGGAAUACUUGUAAUGCCAUGUCAUUGGUGACUAACACUGUUUGUAAACAUGGGCCAUUCUGGAGAUCCCCAAAACUCGACUUGAUCAAGUCUCUACACUGAAUCUGUAGCUUGAGUCACAUACUCAAUUAUUCUGACUGUAAGUUUAAUUACCUCUAAAAUAGGGACUGUGACACCUCACUCACUAACGUGAGUAAAAUGAGGGUUUCUAUGGAAAAGCUUGAUGAAAUGUAUGGCUUGAGGUAGGGACUCAAAAUUUGUUUUGAUUUAUUUUUGUUCGGGGGCCACACUCAGCAGCACUCAGGAGUUAUUCCUGGCUCUGUGCUCAGAAAUCACUCCUGGCAGACUCAGGGGACAAGAGGGGAUGCUGGAGUUUGAACCUAGGUAGACCGUGUACCAGGUAAAAAUGCCCUACACAUUGUGCUAUUGCUCUGAUCUGUUUUGAUAUUAUUCACAUUUAGUCCCACCUCUCUUCAGACUGAUAAGAGUAGGUAUAUAUCUUGGAGACCCUUUCUCCAGAAAAGAGUUGAAUUAUCAAUAUUCACUAGGGCUUUUUCUCUGGCAGGCCUGUAAUCAGUAAUAUCAUUCUCUCCCUUCCUUUCUUAAAAAAAUGCAAAUUAAAAAUUAUGUACUUCAUUUAAGAACUCCUUGAUUUUAAAUAAUGAAAUAAUUGUAUAUGGUAACAUGUCCACUUCUGAUUAUGUUUAUUUGUGAUAUUAGCUCCUAUAAUAUUUGGAUUUUGGGCCAAUUCUUUUCUUCUUUUAUCUAUAUUUUAAAACCACUCUGUAGAGUUUAUGUUAACUUCCUGCCUCAUUAGGUCUUUUCUCUCCCAGUGAGUAUUUACCUCAAGGACAUGAAUAUUUUUAAUACCUAAGUUUCAUUUGUUUGGGGGCUCACUCUUUGGAAUUUAUUUGAAAAAUAUGAUUGAGCACUUACUUCAUGCCAGACCCAGAAAGAGAGGUAAAAAUGAGUUGGUACACAGAAGGAAAGAUUUAUAAAAUAUGAUAUGUUGAGUGCCAUUGCAAAUGUUAUGAAUAAUGUGAUGAAGAAU